AGAUCAGAGUUCAGAGUAGUUUCAAUUAUAAGGAAGAGAAACUCACACAGUCACUGACACUGAGAGGAGAAAUGGCACAGAAAGGAGUUCAGCUGGACCGAGAAACCUUCUCUUGUUCCAUCUGUUUGGAUCUACUGAAGGAUCCGGUGGCUACAAGCUGUGGACACAGCUACUGCAGGAACUGUAUUAAAAGUUUCUGGGAUGAAGAGGACAGGAAGGGAAUCCACAGCUGCCCUCAGUGCAGGAAGACUUUCACACCGAGGCCUGUCCUGGAGAAAAACACCAUGUUAGCAGCUUUAGUGGAGCAGCUGAAGAAGACUGGACUCCAAGCUGCUCCAGCUGAUCACUGCUAUGCUGGACCUGAAGAUGUGGCCUGUGAUGUCUGCACUGGGAGGAAGCUGAAAGCCAUCAAGUCCUGUUUAUCUUGUCCAGCCUCUUAUUGUGAGAAACAUCUCCAACCUCACUAUGAUGCAGCUCCAUUAAAGAAACACAAGCUGGUGGCCCCCUCCAAGAAGCUCCAGGAGAACAUCUGCUCUCGUCAUGAUGAGGUGAUGAAGAUUUUCUGUCGUACUGAUCAGCAGAGUAUCUGUUAUCUCUGCACAAUGGAUGAACAUAAAGGCCAUGAAACAGUCCCAGCUGCAGCAGAAAGGACUGAGAAGCAGAAGGAGCUCGAGGUGAGACGACUAAACAUCCAGCAGAGAAUCCAGGAGCGAGAGAAAGAUGUGAAGCUGCUUCAACAGGAGGUGGAGGCCAUCAAUGGCUCUGCUGAUAAAGCAGUGGAGGACAGUGAGAAGAUGUUCACUGAGCUGAUCCGUCUCAUCCAGAAAAGAAGCUCUGAUGUGAAGCAGCAGGUCAGAUCCCAGCAGGAAACUGAAGUGAGUCGAGUCAAAGAGCUUCAGGAGAAGCUGGAGCAGGAGAUCGCUGAGCUGAAGAGGAAAGACGGCGAGCUGGAGCAGCUCUCACACACAGAGGAUCACAACCAGUUUCUACACAACUACCCCUCACUGUCAGCACUCAGUGAGUCUACACACUCAUCCAGCAUCAAUAUUCGUCCUCUGAGCUACUUUGAGGAUGUGACAGCAGCUGUGUCAGAGACCAGAGAUAAACUACAGGACAUUCUGAGAGAGGAAUGGACAAACAUCUCACUGACAGUCACUGAAGUGGAUGUUUUACUGUCACCACCAGAGCCAAAGACCAGAGCUGAAUUCUUAAAAUAUUCACAUGAAAUCACACUGGAUCCAAACACAGCAAACACACAUCUGUUAUUAUCUGAGGGGAACAGAAAAGUAAAAUUUAUGGAACAACAACAGUCUUAUUCUGAUCAUCCAGACAGAUUUACUGAUUGGUUUCAGGUCCUGAGUAGAGAGAGUCUGAGUGGACGUUGUUACUGCGAGGUGGAGUGGAGAGGGGGAGCAGUUUGUGUAGCAGUCGCAUACAAGAAUAUCAUCAGGGCAGGGAGGGGCAAUGAAUGUGGAUUUGGAUACAAUGACAAAUCAUGGGGAUUAUAUUGGUACAAAGAAAGUUACAAAUUUUCGCACAACAAAGUCCAAACUGACCUCUCAGGUCCUCGGUCCUCCAGAGUAGGAGUGUACCUGGAUCACAGAGCAGGUAUUCUGUCUUUCAACAGUGUCAAUAAAACCAUGACUCUCCUCCACAGAGUCCAGACCACAUUCACUCAGCCGCUCUAUGCUGGACUUUGUGUUUCUGGACAUUGGUUUUUAGAUUAUGGAGCCACUGCAGAGUUGAUUAAAGUCAAAUAGAGAAGACAGGUUCAUGUUGAUCCCUGACCAUUAUAUGUACUUGUGUAGUUUCUAAAUGAGGCUUUACAUUUUAGAAGCUGAGAAGUUCAGUGGUCCAUUGAUGUGUGAAAAUAAUAUUGCACUGAUUCAAACUGUACUUACAUUUAUAUACCUUACAUCAAUAUAAAUCUGAAUUUGUUCUUAUGGCUGAUAAUCAUGUGAGUUUAAAUUAUACUACUCUUCAUAUUCAGCAUGUCUGAAAUCUGUCAUCAGUCUGGUUAGUGGUUUUAUUCUGUAGUUGCUGUAGUGGGUUGUCAAAUGCAACAAUAUAUUGGAGCUGCAGUGAUUCAUCAGUUAGUCAAUGAUUAGAGAAUUGAUUGUUUUAUCAUUAUUUUAGUCACAUUUAAAGCUGGUUCCAGUUUCUGAAAUGUGAAGAUUGUUGAUUUUCUUGAUCAUAUAUGACUGUAAACUUAAUGUCUUUGAGGUUUGAACUUUUAAAAUGUAACAAAAAUUAAAUACUUAAUGUUUGACAUUUAAUGUAAUUUUUCAUGUGAAAAGUUUGAUCACACUCGAUCAUUUAUACAUUUAAAUACAGACACUAAAUGAUACAGGCCUGUAUAUUGUGGAGGAUAGACAUGUUUCAUUGCCCUGAGCUAAGUCUGGCAGGCAGAGCGUCUCCACAAAUCUGAUGCUUCUGAAUUGGAGAAAAUGAGCUGAGGGAGACACCUGGAAUCUCAGCCUGGACACAAAGGGAAUAAAAUCAGCAAGUUAUA